CAUGUUCUUCAUUUGGUGCAGAUAAAAUUAUUGUAUUCCAUUUUUGAACGUUUGACGGUUUGACAUCAUAAUAAGUGGCAUUGACCGCUUGUGUUUUUUUUUGUUUCGUAUUCACGAUGCGAUUAGCUAGCUAUAUCAUUCUAACCGGCUAGCUUGUUCAGUAGAGUCGCAUUUUGAUUACAAACCUCAUCGAAUGAGGCUGAAUACGUGUUAGUGUUAUUUGAAAAUGAUUUUGUUUUUAGUAUCUGUUAUUUUAGUGUUAGGUUUAUUAGUGUCAUGGAUUAGUUUAGUCAGAGAGAGUCGCCGGUUCAAUGUUAAUGGGCCAAUGCCCUUACCUAUUAUUGGCAACGCUCACAUGUUCAUUUCUAAAUCUACAGAGUUCUUGAACUUGGUUGCUAAGUACUCAGAACGUUACGGAAAGGUGUAUAGAGUGCAUUUUUUAUCUGUGCCCUAUGUGAUCAUUUGCGACGCUAAACAUGCUCAGGCGAGUAAAAGAAAAGAUAUAGCUUCGAGUCAGGAGCUUAUCUACAAAGGAGGUCCAUAUAGCCUGAUGACGUGUUGGCUAGGCCAGGGUCUACUUACUUCUGCUGGUCAAAGAUGGAAGAGUCAUCGUAAAUUCCUGACGCCCGCAUUCCACUUCAACAAUCUGCAGAACUUUCUCCCCGUGUUCUGCAAGAACCAGCGAGUCCUAACGGAGAAGCUGCGAGGACUUGCCGACGGGCGCCCGAUUGACAUGUUCCCUAUUGUUGCUUUGGCUGCCCUUGAUAAUGUCACAGAGUCCAUUAUGGGUACCAGCGUCGAUGCGCAAGGACAUGAAAGUGAGUCUGCUUACGUGAAGUCAAUUGAAGAGAUGUCAGCCAUAUUAGCCAUGAGGAUUCAAAUUCCAAUUCUUGGUCCUGAUGCAGUCUUUAAUUUAACGCCUCUCAAGAACAGGCAAAGCAAAGCGUUGAAGGUAUUACAUGGGCAUAGUACUAAAGUGAUUGAAGCAAGAAGACAAGAGCUGAAGAAGGCUAAUGUUACUACUCUUAACUCUAGUAACGAUUCAGGUAUUAGGAACAAACACGCGUUCUUAGACUUAUUGCUACUUGGUGAAAUUGAUGGCAAGAAGAUUGAUGAUGACAGCGUAAGAGAAGAGGUCGACACAUUCAUGUUUGAGGGCCAUGACACAACGACUUCGGGUAUUUCGUACACGCUCUACUGUCUCUCUAAGCGCAGAGACGUUCAGGAGAAAGUAUAUGAAGAACUGAAGACGAUAUUCGGCGAUGACAUGGAAAGAGACCCAACUUACCAGGAACUUGGACAAAUGAAAUACUUGGACCUGGUUCUCAAGGAGUCGAUGCGAUUGUACCCGCCUGUACCUCUGAUUGAACGAAGAAUCACAAGGGACUGUGAGGUUGGAGGUCUUAAAUUAGUAAAGGGAACAUCAGUCGUUCUAAACAUCUACCAGAUUCAACGUCAACCAGACAUGUUUGAAGAUCCUUUGGAGUUCCGCCCAGAAAGAUUCGAGGAGUCUCUAAAGAAUCCCUUCAGUUUUCUGGCAUUCAGUGCUGGUCCUCGGAAUUGCAUUGGUCAAAAGUUCGCGAUGAUGGAACUCAAGAUCACCAUCUCGGAGAUUGUCAAGCACUUCUACAUAUUACCUGUUGAUAAACCGCCUCUGUUAAGUGCUGACCUUAUUUUAAGAUCGAAGAAUGGAAUCCAAGUAAAGUUUAUGCCAAGAAAGUAAAUGGUUCACGG